GGAGAUGGGCUGUGCUGGGCUGCUGAUGCCAGGGGGACUGAUGGCAGCAGCAGGAUGAGCCACCCCUCGGCAGAUUUGCCUUCUCAAGUGAAAGCCUGUUUGGUUUUAAACCUCUGAUUCAUCAGGGGAACAAAUGGAUGGGCUCUAAGGCGCAGAAACACUCGCUGAGUGUUGAAGCAGUCAAUGGAAGCUGCUAAGGAAUUCUUUAAAACUCUCUUGUAGGUGAUGGCCGGUGCUGUUGACGCCACAAACUGUGAGGAGAAACAGCUUCCUAAUAAGAGAGAAACUAUGAUCUGGAAGCCCAGAAAAGAAUGUUUGCUGGACAGCAUUUCAAACGUUCCUGAUAGCAAGUCUGAGGAAAGUGAAGCCUCUGAUGCCUCUCACAGUGAAGGGGAUGACAGUGUCUCUCCUGAUGACUGGUACAACGUGCAUUUUUACCUGGAUGAGGGGGAUGAUGAAGUCUUCAGUAUACCUGACUCUCCAAAGCUGCAAAGUGCUUCUGAGCAUGAGGUGGAGGACUGGGAUAAAGAAUUGGAGGAGUCUGCAUAUGGUCCUUAUGAUGCUGAUGAUCUGUCCUGUGGAAGCUUUCAGGAAAAUAAUGUUUUGGCCUCACCCGUGUGGAAGGAGGACUGGUUUUACUACCCAGGCUGUCACCACACAGCUUGCUUUGUUUGUCCACCACGAGUCAGUGCAAAGGUUGAGAGUGGCCAGUUUGAUGAUGCAGAUGAGUGAGGCUGACCCUGGGCAGAAGUAAGUUUGGCCUCUGAGUUGGAAUGUGUUCUUCACUGACUGAGCUGUGUCAAGUCCUUUAGUUUGCUUGCAGAGUUCUGCCCAAGGCCAGAAAUGCGACACCACCUCCCAAGUUUUGCUCAGGUGCUGCUGAGCUGUUCUAAACUGCCCACACUGGGCUCUGGAGACACGAGUGCAGGUGCUGGCUGUGACAGUGCGUUUCUGGAGGUUUUGGUUGUGUUCUGUAGAUCUGUGUUGUUACUAAUUAAUUGCUUGAGAAGAAGUGUUCGGUUUCUAAACUCAGAUUGUUUAUUUGCAGGGCUUUGUGAGUUUUGACAUGCUGGUCCCUGUGUGUGUAACUCUUAGUUCCUUCUCCUUUUCACCUGAUGCUGUCAGAUGGGUUUGGAGAGCUUUAAAAACUCUCCCUCCUUCAAGCUUCUCUGUUGUAUUUCCAUGUGGUUCUAAUUGCCAUUUGUGAUUCUGAUACUGCUUUUCAACAAAAUGAGCUGUGGCAAGUACAGAAUGAGUUGUUUUGUGUUUAUUUUUAUGUAUUCCACUAUAAAGGAAUUAAAAAUACCUGAUACACAUUUUGCAAGCACACAUGAUGAUACACAGCAGGGCCUGCUCCAUCCAGUAGGAAUGCUGGGUGCCUAAGGCUGCCUCCCAACAAAGCUUUCUCCACAUCAGACCUUCUUGUUCUAUGGGCAUAUAACCCUGCAGUCCCAGUGUUGUCUUUAUUACACUCUCAUGCAGCAUCAGAUGUGUAAUGACAAAGACAUUUAUAUACCUAUUGUAGUACAUAAUCUGUGUGUCCUGCACAGUAGUGGAUUAAGGUUCCUGAUACUGUUUGUUGUGGCAAAUGAGAUGAGAACACAAAAUACCUCCCU